AUGGCAGAGUGCGCCACACUGAUCGGCGGCAAAACGGACCGCUGUCACGUGCGCUGUCAAAACGCCCUCGUGGCGCUGGUCUCCUCUGAAGAGGGCGACGAACUGGUGAACUGCGACUGCGAAGGAUCAAAGCACUGCGAGAUGGUGAAGCGGCGCAUCGAGGUGUGCAGGCCGGCGGUGAACUCCGCCGUGGCCGUCGACUCGAUCGUCUCGUGCACCACCGCCCGGUGGAUCUGCAUCUCCGACACAAUGUGCCGCACUGCACUGGAGUACUACAACAUGUUCUGUCGGGGCCUCUUCCAGGGCUCCAAGUGCAACUCCCGUUGCAAGAACAGCCUGUCCAUUCUCGAGCGCCAGGAGAAGGCGGCCAAGCUGCGCACCUGCUACUGCGACGGCACCGAGGACUUUCCUUGCAAGCGGGUCAAGUACAACACUGAACGGUACUGCUACGGGCGAAAGCCGAAGAAGCCAAUUGCUGGCAGUGGUGCCGACGACGAUCAUCCGGACAACUCUAUCGAG